AUGCGCGUCUCGGCGCUCCUCGCCCUACUCCCGGCGCUCGCAGGCUUGACCUCAGCCGCCCCAACUACCUCGGCGUCACCACGGAAGAGCCUCAGCUUCGGCCCGUCGCACCCCCACCACGCAUUCGAGUCGUUCCCCCACACUCCAGUGCAUGUUAAGCGCUCGUUUGAGGAGGACCCCAAGCGGACCGCCGCACAGUUUAUCGCCCACCGCCUGAACGUUCGUGAGGGAGAGGGCUUCUUCAUCCGCGACGACUCAUACACCGAUCCCAGGACCCUCGUUACUCACGUCUACGCAACCCAGUUGAUUGACGGCCUCGAGGUCGGUGACGGUAACAUCAACGUCAACCUCGACCGUGAUGGCAAUGUUCUUUCGUGGGGCAACUCGUUCUACCCCGGCCAGCACACCAAGCGCGGACUCACGGAGACUGAGCGCAACCGUGUCUGCGACGACCUCGUCACCAAGAUUUCCGAACACCAGGAUGCGCUCGACGAAGUGACCCCGGACUCGGGGCCUUGGGGCUUUGCUAAGCAGGCCGCCCAGGUCUGGUUCGGCGACUGGAUUGACAUUAACACGGGCGAUGAGGAGGCUGCACGCCGCAUCACCAACAACAUGGCCCGCGUCAGGGACCACUACGAAGCCAUGUGCGGCCACAAGCCGAGCAAGAACGGGCAGUACCUCACUGAGACCGAGGCGCUCGCAUCGUUCCUCGGACGCGUCUCGUCCAACGUCGUCGACCCUCAGGAUCUCCACGCGACGCCUCAGCACAGCCUCAAGCCCAAGCACGCGCCGUCUGAGCCGCCCACUAUGCUGAUUAGCGGCAAGGCUCUCACCGCCGCCGACGUCCGCGGCACUGUCCCCGCACGCGUCAUGUACACUCAAACCGAGGGUGAGCCGCGUAUGGUCUACAAGUUCGAGGUUGAGAUGGCCGACAACUGGUACGAGGCCUACGUGGACGUCGAGACUGGCGAUCUCGUUCGCGUCGUCGACUGGGCACACGACUUCUCUGAGCUCGAGUACAAGGCCAAGCUCCGCGCCUCAAGCGGCGACAAGCAGAAGCCCAACGAGCCUCCCAAGGCUCCCAAGGGCAAGAAGUACUCGUACCACGUCUUCCCAUGGGGCGUUAACGACCCCCAGGAGGGCAAGACCAAGGUCGAGGUCAAGCCUUGGGACAGCGUCGCCUCGCCCUUCGGCUGGCACGAGUUCCCCACUAUGUCCAACCCGUGGGACCACAAGUUCAAGGGCUCGACCCGAGACGGCAACAUGACAACCGUUGCGUCGACUGUCGGCAACAACGUCGUCGCGCACGAGGACUGGGAGGGCCGCAACAACUUCCUCGACAACUACCGUCCUGUCAGCAAAGACUUUGUCUUUGUCUACCCCUAUGGCGAACCCGAUGGCGCCGCGCCCAAGAAGUAUAUCGACAUGGUCGUGACGCAGCUCUUCUACACCUGCAACAAGUACCACGACCUUCUCCACCGCGUCGGGUUUGACGAGGUCUCGGGCAACUUCCAGAUGUACAACUUUGACAAGGGUGGCCGUGGUGGUGACCCUGUCAUCGCCAACGCCCAGGACGGCUCGGGCUACAACAACGCCAACUUCAUGACGCCCCCAGACGGCACCGCGCCCCGCAUGCGCAUGUACAUCUGGGACACGGCGUCGCCGUACCGCGACGGCGACCUCGAGGCCGGCAUCGUUAUCCACGAGUACUCGCACGGUCUAUCGACGCGUCUCACUGGUGGCCCUGCCAACUCGGGCUGUCUCGGUUGGGGUGAGGCCGGUGGCAUGGGCGAGGGCUGGGGAGACGCCAUUGCGACCAUCAUCCGCCAGGUGCAUGAGCACCAGAACUUUGAGAAUGGCUCCGACGUCUACCCUAUGGGCGCUUGGGCGGCCAACCAGGUCGACGGUAUCCGCAAGUUUGUCUACACGACCAACAGCACGUCCAACCCCUCGACGUACAAGACGCUCGACAAGCCCGGUUACUGGGGCGUGCACGCGAUUGGCGAGGUGUGGGCAGAGUUCCUCUUUGUACUCAACCAGCGUCUGAUCGAGAAGUAUGGCUUCUCGGCCACCCUCUUCCCACCCGAAGACCCAUCCGAGCCCAACGACUAUUACACCAAGGACUCUGGUGCGCUCGCCGCGCGUGGGCGCCCGACUCCGCUCGUGCCCAAGCACGGCAACACUCUUGCGCUCCAGCUCAUUGUGAGCGCUAUGAAGCUCCAGCCGUGCCGCCCGUCGUUCUUUGACUCGCGCGACGCCAUCAUCCAGGCGGACAAGGCCCUCACGGGCGGCGAGAACGCCUGCAUCAUCUGGGACGCGUUUGCCGAGCGCGGCUUAGGUUCGGACGCCGAGAUUGUCGGCCAGACUCCGUGGGGCGGCGGUGUCCGCAAGGACGGCUACAAGGUCCCGCCGACCUGCAAGUGA